AUGGCGUUCUGGCAGGGGCCAUUCUUCUUGCUACGCCACGCCACGCCACACCACGCCACGCCACGCCACGCUACGCCACGCCACGCCACACCACACGAAAGGCACCACAUCCUCAAUGCAGCCUUCGCCAGGGCUGGACAGGGGUGGACCAUGAGAUCUGGCAGCCCACGGGGUUCUGGCCUGAAACAGGCUUUCUUGAAACUACUGUUCAGUUUCAACCAGCUCCUCCCCUCCCGAAUUUUCUUCAGUAAAUCCCCCUCCCGUCUUGGAGCUGCUACCUCUGGGAAGCGCCCGCCUCGUCCUCCGUGGCGUGCUCCACCUUACGCCAGCUUCUCCAGCAGCCGUUGCCUCUUCCGCCUCUGUGUUGGCCCCCGCUGGUGCCUACGGACCAGGCUAAGCCGUCUUCUUCACUUUGGUGAGUCUUUUCCCGUCGAAAAGCUGAAGAUGGAAGGGCUCGGAGAACAAGGCGCAGCCGGUGCAGUGGGUCCAUUACUGGGCGCUGUGGCAGCAUCAGCCUCUCCGCAGCUUUUGCCGGGGUACUCCUUAGACGCGGACUUUAUUGAGAGUCUGCCUCUGGCAGUUAAGUGCCGAGUGUACGCUCUCAAAAAGCUUCAGGCUAAAUCCGCCGGCCUGGAGGCAAAGUACCUCAAGGAAUUUCAUUCCAUCGAGAGGAAAUUUGCCAAGAUCUAUGGGCCUUUACUGGAAAAGAGACGUCAGAUCAUCAAUGCAUUGUAUGAGCCCACGAAAGAGGAAUGUGAGGUGAAAUCCACGGUUGCAGACUGUAACUAUAAGGUGGCAGAGAACUCUGAGGCUCAGGUGUAUGGUCCAGAAGAGAAUUCGGAGUAUGAAGACUUGGAGGAGUAUUGUGAGGAGGGUUUUGAGGACGUUGAGGAGGUAUUUGGGGAGUAUGGAGGAGGAGAGGGACAUAAUAUGGACGAAGAGAAAGAAGAUCCUAAAGGGAUCCCUGAUUUCUGGCUCACGGUUUUAAAGAAUGUACAGGAGAUCACUCCCCUGAUUCAGAAAUAUGAUGAGCCUAUUCUGAAGCUCUUGCAAGACGUGAAAGUCAAGUAUUCAAAACCUGAUGAGCCUCUCACCUUCACGCUGGAAUUUCACUUUGAACCCAAUGACUACUUUACGAAUGAGGUGCUAACCAAAACAUACAUGCUCAAGUCUAAGCUUGAUUACUCAGAUCCCCACCCCUUUAGGGGUUCUGCGGUGGAGCAUUGCAUUGGCUGCAAAAUAGACUGGAAGGAGGGAAAGAAUGUCACUGUGCAAAGGGUCCUGAAGAAGCAGAGGCACAGGUUUUGGGGACUGAUGCGUACCACGACCCAGGUAUUUCCCCGAGAAUCCUUCUUCAAUUUCUUCAAUGCUCUCCAAUGGGGCCUAGAUGCUGAUGAGGAUGAGGAAGAUGUUUUCAUUGCUCACACUUUGCGCACCUUUGUCAUCCCAAGAGCUGUGUUAUACUUCACAGGAGAAGCUCUUGAGGCUGAGCAAGAAGGGAUGUUCAGAGAAUGUAACAACCUGACUUCUGACAGAAUCACACAGGAGAUCCAGGUGGCUGCAGUUGAUGGUGCAAAAGUCCAAGACCUGGUCUCCCAGGCAGAAGACAUUGAUCGCUGA